GGAUAAGAAAAAUUAUCAAAGAAAAAGAGUUGGCCUGUCCUGUCCUGUCCUGUCCUCACCACUCUUCUUCUUCUCCCUCAGUCGUCUCUAGCCGGCGUUGGACAUGGCUGUCUCGGUCGCAUGCUGCUGCUUCUCCUUCCUAAAUGCACCCGCUAGACUCCUCCAAUCUUCUUCUUCACCCCUCUGUUUCGUAGCCGCAUCGACGCUGACUCCCCGAGCUAGCUCGAGUUCUAAACUAAACCCAGAGAAGAAGAAGAAGAAAUACACAUUGAGAGUGAGAGAUGAACAUAGUAGUAAUGAUGGACCCCAAACGAUGGCUUUCAAGUCGCCGUUUGGGUCUUCUCAACAGAAAAAGGAUAAAAAAGAGUCUCAGCCUACUACUGAUCUGCGGACUGAUCCUGCCAAGAUUCACGAUGCUUCCUUUCUCGACGCCGUUGUUAAGGUUUACUGCACUCAUACAGCGCCUGAUUACUCCCUCCCUUGGCAGAAGCAAAGACAGUUUACCAGCACUGGAAGUGCUUUUAUGAUUGGAGAUGGCAAGCUCUUGACCAAUGCCCACUGUGUCGAACAUGAUACCCAGGUUAAAGUUAAGAGAAGAGGAGAUGAUAGAAAGUACGUGGCUAAGGUUUUGGUAAGAGGUGUGGACUGUGACAUCGCUUUGCUCUCUGUAGAAAGCGAGGAUUUCUGGAAAGGAGCUGAACCACUUCGCCUUGGCCACUUACCCCGCCUUCAGGAUUCAGUUACUGUCGUUGGGUAUCCUCUGGGAGGAGAUACUAUCUCUGUUACAAAAGGGGUUGUAUCUCGUAUUGAGGUAACAUCUUAUGCUCAUGGAUCAUCUGACUUGCUUGGAAUUCAAAUCGACGCAGCAAUUAAUCCUGGGAAUAGUGGUGGCCCUGCUUUCAACGACCAGGGGGAAUGUAUUGGAGUAGCAUUUCAGGUUUACAGAUCCGAAGAGACCGAAAAUAUUGGCUACGUUAUUCCAACAACAGUUGUUUCUCACUUCUUGACUGAUUAUGAGAGGAACGCAAAGUACACUGGUUACCCUUGCCUUGGAGUAUUGCUGCAGAAAUUGGAAAAUCCAGCUCUGCGGGAGUGCCUAAAAGUCCCUACAAAUGAGGGGGUGUUGGUGCGAAGAGUUGAACCUACAUCUGAUGCAAGUAAAGUCCUGAAGGAGGGAGAUGUGAUUGUAAGUUUUGAUGAUCUACGUGUGGGAUGUGAAGGAACUGUACCCUUCCGAUCAAGUGAACGUAUUGCAUUCCGUUAUCUCAUCAGUCAAAAAUUUGCGGGUGAUAUCGUAGAGCUUGGUAUCAUUAGAGCAGGAGAACCUAAGAAAGUUCAAGUUGUUCUGAGGCCAAGAGUGCACCUGGUCCCGUACCAUAUUGAUGGAGGUCAGCCAUCAUACAUAAUAAUUGCUGGUUUGGUGUUUACUCCGCUCUCAGAACCCCUGAUAGAGUAUGUUCUCCUCAGCUUCGCUAGUAUGCAAAAGAAAAAUAUAAAUAUUUCUUCAUUAUUUCGCAAAUGCCUAAUCAUUUUCUCUUGGAAAUUUGGAAUGGACAGGGAGGAAUGCGAGGACACCAUAGGCUUGAAAUUGUUAACAAAGGCACGCUACUCCGUUGCAAGGUUCAGAGGAGAACAAAUCGUCAUCCUAUCACAGGUUUUGGCAAAUGAAGUAAACAUUGGCUAUGAAGACAUGAACAACCAGCAGGUCCUGAAGUUCAAUGGAACUCAUAUAAGAAACAUCCAUCACCUGGCACACCUCAUUGACAUGUGCAAAGACAAGUAUCUGGUUUUUGAGUUUGAAGACAACUAUGUGGCCGUGUUGGAGAGAGAAGCUUCGAAUUCGGCUUCUUUGUGCAUCCUCAAAGACUAUGGAAUUCCCUCAGAAAGAUCCGCUGAUCUGCGUGAGCCAUAUGUAGAUCCAGUACAUGACAACGAAGCACUUGACCAAGGUUUUGGAGACAGCCCUGUGUCAAAUCUAGAAAUUGGCUUCGAUGGACUGGUGUGGGCAUAAGGGUUCAGAGAAACAGAGGUUUUUUUUAAAAAAAAAUCCGCAGACGGAAGCUGCUGGGAGCUUCCCAUAGCCUAUGGGAAAGCUUUCAGAUUCAUACUCAUUCAUAAGGUCUUGACCUGUUCCAAGCUCAGUUCAUUUAUUUCUUCAGAUCUCUAGGGGCUGAAUUUGAUAGAAAAUUUGCUUCUCCCUUGUGUUCAGAUGAGUGUAGUAGUCUAGUAGAACAAAGUCAACAUUUUAUACUUAAUGUCUGAUUUUGGUGAGAAAUGAAAUGCAGUAAUGUCUGCUCAACCAGAGAA